CAUGGACACAGCAAAGACCACCGCUGAUGAGCCCCUUCUCAGAGGCAAAAAAAGGCAGGAUCUCAAAGAGAUGCUGAGAGAAGUAGGACUGGCAGUUGAGUACUGGUUGCCCAAGUUGCAGGAACAUCUGGGUGUGACCUGUGUCCAGGCCUUACAACACCUAGAAGACAAAGACCUUCAGCAGCUGAAAUCCCAGGCACAGUAUCCCUGGGAGAAAAGGGCCCUGGAGAAGCUGCUUCACCUGUCACACUCAAAUAGCCUUUCAGAGUUCCAGGAAUCUCAGGUGGCAAUGAUAAAGAAACAGCAAAAGAAGGCAGAGCAAGUGCUGCAGGAGCUAAAAAAUUUGCUGUCAGAAGGCAGACAACAACAGGAAGCCGCAGUGAGGAAAAAAGAGGCAGAGCUGAGGCAGGUGAUGGAAAUCCCCGAAGAGUGCUGGCCACCCCCUGAAAAGUACCUAAGAGAGGUCAUGGAAAACAUGCAGAGACAACUCAACCUCAUGGAGGGGACACUAUCCAACAGGCAAAACCUCCCAGAUAGAGAUCUGGUGAGAUGGGCAUCUGGAGGACUGGCCCUGCAGGGAAUUUACAAAACCAGCUACCAAAGGGACCUUAUAGAGAAGAGGCAGGAGUUACUCAGUGUCCCUAAGGAGUUCUCACUCUAUGGCCCUGAGCAGGGCACACGAAUGGAAACAAAGGAAUUUACAUCUUCUCAAGCAGAAGCUGUGUUCACCCAGGCAGUAGAGAAGCUGCGCUUCAGUGUAACUGCUUCAGCCAAGGGUGGAGGUGGGGGAGUUAGCUUAGAAACUGGAACGGAUCACAGCAAACAUUCAGAAUCCAAGGAAACUCAUCACUCACAUUCUGAGCACUCGUAUUUCUGCUCUACCAAGUUCAGCUAUGUCCCACUCGCCUCCUUUCACUUUCCCAUUGAUCAGCUCCAGUUCUCCAAGGCUGCUCUCCGGGAAUUGAAAUGCAUUGAAUACCUUCUGGAUCAGCCUGCAGACCCAGAAAGAGCCCUCUUGCUAAAGCACAGAACUCAAGCUUUCUUCCACAGGUUUGGCUCUCAUGCUAACCAGGGCCCUCUGCACCUGGGAGGAAUCUACUGGUGGAAAGCCAUUUCAGAGGGUUUCCCAAGUGAGCAGCUGGCAGAGGUGAAACAGCAGUCAGCAGAGUCCCUGAAUAGUUACAUAAGUGGCAGCUACAGUGGCUUUGGAGUGAAAGUAGCUGCAGGUGUGGAUGUGUCAGGCUCUCAUUCAAAUGCAUCCUCCCAAAGCACAACCUCCCAAAAUCUCCAAACCAAAGUCCAACUAUCUGUGGCCCACACAGGUGGCCCACCAGAAGCAAAUAGCUUUUUCCAGUGGAAAGCUGGCCUAGUUGCCAGUAAUCAAACCUGGUGUGUCAUUGACCGGGGACUUCAGCUGGUGCCCAUUUGGGACAUCAUCCUCUCCAACCACAGAAGUGAUUUUAAGGAUCCUCUUCAGGUAGCUAAUGCAAUGAAAGACAGCUACACUGCUCUGAACGGCCUCACCGCCCAGAUCCAGGAUGGAGAAGAAUUACUGAGUGUUGGGAAGGAGGCUAGGGUUUUCCUAGAGGACGUGAAAUCCUGGGACGUUUCUGACCCAGAAGAGCAGCUUAAAAAACUGAUCAAUUUUAUGCAAAUGUUGAGUCAAAAAACUAAAAGUUAUGAUACGUGGAUUAACAUAUGCCUCAGAGAUUGGGGUCUGCAGAAUUUUCUGAUAAACACUGUUAAAUUUUGCAAAAAGUCUUCCAUUUAUAAAACCAAAUUUAUUAAAUCUCAGUUGCGCAGCCUUUUGGACCCUCACAUCUACAGAGUGACAAACUUUCCUCAGGCUCAUUCCAUCAUGCAGUGGAUCUUCCAGCCAGAGUCAGAGCAAGAGCACAGGAACAUCACUGAGUUUUCUGAAUUAGUUAAAAUCUUAAAGGAAACCCAGAAUGACCUCAGGGAAGUGAAGUCCAAAUCUGAGUCUGCAGAAACAGUGGAGGAAGCUCAAAGAAAGGCCACUUAUAACGUGAGCUUGUCUCUUGGCUGCUUCUUGAAUUUCCUCCAAGAAACAGAGCAGCGAGACACACAGCUCUUGCUACUUACCAUUGCAGCUGGUGCAGGAUAUCAUGUGGGAAACAAAACUUUUCAGUGUCUCCUGGGGUGUGAGGAGAUAGACUUCCUACUGAAUGAAAUGCAAACUGCCCAAGAUAAACGAAAAAUUGUCCGUGAAUUGAGUCAGUCAUCAAGGCCUCUGAUCUGUUUGCUAGAUAACAAAGAAAAAACCAUGGCCAAUACCUCUAAACAGAAAGCAUUCAUUGGAAUCAGGAACAGAAACGAGGCAGAAUUAACAGAGGAGCUCGCUACUACAAUCAGGCAUUUGCUAGAGCUCUCAGACACUGCUAUGAGCAUAGAGGACAGUUCCCACAUUGCUCGCAAGCACGGAUUCUUUAUUGAUGAAGACCAGAGAGAUUGCAAGGAAGCCAAAGAAAAGGCAGAGAUCCUAAUGGUCCUACUGAAAGAAAUGAAGAUAUCCCAGGUAAAGGAAAACUUACUACCCCUUCAGGGACAACUGUGGCAUCUUUGGUGUAAAAAGGACAAAGAGCUCUAUCACCUGAGAGAAAAGGGGAAUCGGAGCAUUGAACAACACAAAUGUGAGAUUGAGACAGAAAAACAGAGAAUUCGACAUGAACAGUUGACCAGAGCCUUUCCUCUCAAUGAUUUAAUGCGCUCUGUUCUUGAAAUUCUCCAAACACAUUCAGAAACUCACACCAAACUCUACUUUUUCCAAUGGUUGAGUAUGUUUUUGGAAAACCUGACUGCAAAAUGCAUGGAAAAACUGAAUGAAGAGAAAAAGUCUGUGUGGUCACAAAUACAAACAGAAAAGCAAAAGAUACCAAAUAGCAACAACCUGAAAGUUUGGCAAAAUCAGGUAGAAGCUAUCUCCAUAGAGAUUAGUGACUGUACCUUGGGAAUUGAGCAACUUCUCAGAGAAGUUGGCCAGAUCUAUGAAGCUCUGGAAGAAGCUUCAUCCACAAAAGAUAUACUUUUUUACUCCCUUCCCCAGAUUGCUGCAGAUCUAAUGAUAUCUGGUGUGCCCAUUGAGCUGAUGGAUGGGGAUGCUUCCUAUGUGCCUCUAAAGUGGGCGACAGCGAUUUUUGACAAGCUCUCUGAGAAACUUGGAAACAAACGGCUGUUUGUUCUCUCCAUUCUUGGCCUGCAGAGCUCAGGCAAGUCCACCCUGCUGAAUGCACUUUUUGGACUGCAGUUCACUGUCAGUGUUGGGAGGUGUACCCGGGGAGCCUACAUGCAGCUGCUGAAGGUGGACGAGACAUUCUCAGAGGAACUUGGCUUUGACUUUGUGCUUGUUGUGGACACAGAAGGACUUCGGGCCCCUGAAAUGAGCAACAAAUCCAACAAUUGUGACAAUGAGUUGGCAACCUUUGUUAUUGGACUUGGAAACUUGACUCUGAUCAAUAUAUUUGGGGAAAAUCCAUCAGAAAUGCAAGAUAUUCUCCAAAUAGUUGUCCAAGCCAUUCUGAGGAUGAAACAAGUAAAAAUCUCCCCAAGUUGCCUCUUUGUCCAUCAGAAUGUGGGGGAAGUUACAGCUAAAGACCAAACUAUGGAAGGACGAAGGCGCUUAGAACAGAGGCUAGAUGAAAUGGCAGUAACAGCGGCUGAGCAAGAAGAGUGCUCAGAUAUAACCCGCUUUAGUGAUGUCAUUAAGUUUGACGUCAAUACUCAUGUCUACUACUUCGCUCACCUCUGGGAUGGCAAUCCCCCAAUGGCCCCUCCCAAUCCUCGCUACAGCCACAACGUCCAGGAACUGAAAACUAGAAUUCUUAUGACUGCCAAACAGGAAUCUAGGGGGAGCAUCAUGAAGAUAUCGGAUGUAAAAUCAAGAGUUCAAGAUUUAUGGAAAGCCCUGCUGAAUGAGAAUUUUAUUUUCAGUUUCAGGAACACCCGAGAGGUCAUGGCCAUGAACAAAUUGGAAACCAUGUAUAACAGCUGGACCUGGGAGCUGAGGAGUCAUGUCCUAGGCUUGCAGAACCAGCUGUUCAACAAGAUUCGAAAUGGAAAAAUCCAGACAAUCAGAACAAGCACAGUUGCGGCUCCAGUUGCAGAAAAAUAUGAAGCCAUCAAACAAGAACUUGAAAAGUAUUUUAAUGAAGAUCUAGAGAGAGAAAUACUGAUUCAGUGGAAAGCAAAUUUUGAAAAUAAGCUACAGAUCCUUAAAGAGGCUCUAAUUUUAGACUGCCGAAGAGAGGCCGAGGAACUUAUUAAUUAUAAAAAGAGUAAAAAAAAACUGGAUAACGAAAAGUCACAUUAUGAAAAGGAAUUAUUAGAAAAAAGUCGAAAAUUGGCUUUAACUGUAAAAGGCAAAGAAUUGAGUGAGGAAGAGUUACAUGAGAAAUUCAAUCAACUGUGGGAAAAAUGGGUCAAUGAUGUGCCUUCAACACUCCCUCUAGUCACAGAGCCUAACAUUCAUGUGGAUUCUGAAGGCAUCCUUUUGGAAUAUUUUAAAAAGGAGAGAGACAUGGUAAACACACUGAAGAAAAAUUCUAGAAAAACAUUUCAAAUCAAUUAUGAGGAACAUGUCAAAAUGAGCAAGAAAUAUUACAUAUAUAGAAUGUCAUUAAGUGUCCAUGAUAAAGAGUCCAUAGACAGGACUAAUGAGCACAUUAUUUCAAGAUUUACUGAAACUAUGAAAAGUAUUCAGAGGCAACAACAUGAUUACAAUCCAAGUUAUUUCCAUGAAAUCCUGAGAAUAAUAGAAGAGGAAGUGAAUUCUGCCUCCACUGAGGAUAGAUACACAUUUACAAGUAAAUAUAAAAUUGACUUAUCUUUGUGUUUAUUCCGAACAGCAGCAGAGAAUUUUAAAGAGAUACAUAGGGCAUUCAAUAGAGCAAAGGACCCUGUAAACUAUCUGGAAAGCAAGAAAGAUGAUUUCUUCAUGAGUUUUAAGAUCUCUUGUCAAGGAGCAACCUCAAUCAAAACAUUUGUUGAUUUUCUGUGGUACAAACUCACUCCUGCUGUCUCCACUGCCAUACGGGAAAAGAUGGCCCCUCUGAUUGCUGGAGACAUACGUUCUACCUUCCCUGCAUUCAAUGGAAACAGAACUAACCUGGAGAAACACAUUCUCAUCUCUCUGGCAGAAAAAGAAAAUUUCAAUGAUUACUGGGAGUACCUUCAUAAUUCAGAAUCAUUUUUUAGGAAAUACAUUCAAAAUCAUAUUGAAAAGUAUUGUUCAAACAAAGGAAGUGAAACAAUAAAGACUUUUUUAAAAAUAUGUUUAGAUGACAUCAAGAAUGUCAUCCUCCUAGCAAUUCAUGAAUCCACAGCAAUAGCUAAAGAUGAAAGCAGCACUGUGUCUCAGUGGCUGGAUUUGUUCUGUGAUCACCUGGGAAGUAACCUGAUCUUUCCACGAAAUGACUUGGUAAGCAUUGAACACCAAGAGAUAAAAGAUAUUGAGUUCCUCAAAGAAACCAUGACUGAAGGUUUGGAUCCCACAAUGAAGACAGUAGAAAAGAAGUGUUUGAGUAUGCCUGUAGAAGAUAUAGUUCCUGAAAUCCAGAAAAUGCUCUCUGAACAUCUCUGUGGCUGCUGGAAACAGUGUCCCUUCUGCAGAGCAAUUUGUACGAACACAAUCCCCACACAUGACGGUGACCACAGUGUUCCCUUCCACCGUCCUGAGGCUGUCAAUGGAUGGAGAUGGUAUGGAACAGAAGAGUUUUCCAUUGAUUUCUGUACUAGUUCAGUAGCAAGUGAAUGUUGUUUUAUUUUGAGUGAUGACCGCAAAUUCCCAUACAAGAACUAUCGACAGGCAGGAGGGGACUAUGCCACGUGGAGCAUCACCCCAGACUCAUCCACCCAGCCCUACUGGAAAUGGUUUGUCUGUCGCUUCAGAUCAAACCUAGAAGAAAAAUAUGGAGUACAAUUUGUAGGUAGAGGUAAAAUUCCUGAUCAAUGGUUCAAAAUCGCAAAGCAGGAUGUGCUUGAUGACUUGAAAAAAUAAUACUCAAUGACCCCAAGAGUACAGAAUGUGAACAAAAGAAUUACAAUACCUGAACAAUACUAAGAUACUUCCUUCUCACAAGAACCUUCAU